AUGGUUUCUAUCAACAAGCUUGAUAAAGAAGAGCUUGCUGCUAUCAUUGCUCAAGAAUUACAUAUCGAUGUCGCUUUUCCUUAUUUUUCCGUUGAAGAGCAAACCGGAGCGACUGCUUGUUGUGUGGUCCAUAAACAUUGGCUAUCUAUUUUAAAACAAGCAAGGUUUAAAGAUACUGUACAACUAAAACGAUAUACCAAUACUCGUUCUCCUUUAAAUUCCAGUAAUAAUUCUGAUCAAUUGCAUACCGAUGAUCUUCAAUCAUCUACAACAAACGUUUUGGUCAGCGUUUUUUUGAAACGUCAGAUACCAGGAAAUCGAAGACCACAAUUGUUUUCAAAAGUAAAUUCUGGUAACAGCGAUGCAUCAUCACAUAACUUUGAUGAAGAGAUUGAAUUGCCAAUAAGAACUUUUCUUAAAGAACAACUUGAAGAUAAAUCGAUGUCAAGUUUGGAAGAGAUAGAGGCGCAGUAUAAUACUUAUGUCCCAAUAUUUAUAGAUCAACAAUUUCAGAAUGAAGAUGCUCUAACUGACUUAGAAAUCCAGUUGGCCAGACAGGAGGCUUUUGUUAAAAAAUUCAUAGAAAUCUUAUAUCCAGAGAGUGCCUAUUUCCGAAUCAAAUCACCACCCACGGAUGAUUCUUUGACUAUGGAAUUAUUAUCUGUUCCUGAUUGGUCCUCCGAUGUGCCAACCACAAGCCCUAAUUUAAUCGAUGUUUUUGCGGUAAUAGAAUCAGACCGUGCCUUUUAUUUUAUGGCUCCUUAUCGUGGAACUUCACUGCAGGAUCUAUUGAAGUAUAGUUCUGGCGUAUUGGAUUCUAACGUUAAGAAGUCUUUUAUUUUAUACCAACUAUUGAAAACUGUACAAAAACUUCAUCAAAUAGGUGUGAUUCAUGGAGGACUCAAACCAUCAAAUAUUUUGGUGGAUGAGAAUUUAUGGGUGACGCUUACUGGAUUUGAAUGUUCGGUUCCUUUAUGCGAUGAUACAUAUCAUUACUCACAAGAAGUUGUAUUGGGAAAUAUUCCAAAAGAAGUACAAGAUGAUACUUUCACAAUGAAAUGGGUUCGAGGAGAUAUUACAAAUUUUAAUUAUAUUAUGUCCUUGAAUUAUCUUGCCGGUCGUAGAAUUGGUGAUCCAAAUUUUCAUCCAAUAUUUCCGUGGAUAACAGAUUUUACUGGGUCAGAUGUUUCAAAAAAUUGGAGAGAUUUUACAAAAACAAAAUUUCGUCUCAAUAAAGGUGAUGAACAAUUGGAUUUCACAUUUGAUGGCCCGAUACCUCAUCAUAUUACAGAUAUUUUGUCAGAUAUUACGUAUUUUGUUUAUCUUGCACGAAAAACACCUGUUCCGGUGUUGUGUCAAUAUGUGAGAACAAAAUAUGAACCCAAUGAGUAUCCAUCAUCUUUACAAAGAUUAUUUGAGUGGACGCCUGAUGAAUGUAUUCCUGAAUUUUAUACAGAUCCAAGUAUAUUUACUUCAAUACAUCCGGAUAUGCCCGACUUACAAUUGCCAAUGUGGGCAUCUUCCGCUGAAGAAUUCAUAAGAAUUCAUUCUGAAGCAUUAGAAAGUGAUCACGUGUCGAGUCAUUUACAUCAAUGGAUAGAUUUGACUUUUGGAUGUAAACUUAGUGGUAAAGAUGCCGUAGAGUCCAAGAAUGUAGCGUUACCACUUAUAGAUGGACAGAAUUCAUUUAUGAAACAUGGAAUCACGCAAUUGUUUUCUGAUCCGCAUCCACAAAAAUCCAUAAAAAAGAACAAUGAGCGACGUUCAUCUGUAUAUAUGAAUGGAGACAGAACUUUAUUAGAGAAAUACGAAAUGAUCUCCUCCAAACGAAGGAUUCCGUCAAAAAUAACAGAUUCAGAUUUUAAGAUAUCUUCAGAGCUGAUGACAGAUUUUCUUAAAAGUAACGGAGCCCACAAAACUAUAGGAAAAUUAUACCAUCAAACUGGUUCACCCAAUCUUAGAAAUUCUAAAUCACCAAGACUUGGUCCUACAACACCAAGAUCAUUAUCUUUAUAUGAGACCGUCUGUAGUAUUGAGGAAAAGAAAGAUAAUUCAUCAAGCGUUCCUUCAACAACGGUAGCAGCAGCUAUGGUAACAAAUUCGGAUUCAAAAGAUCGUAUUGAAAUAUUGCUAACAUUAAUUAAUUCUUUACCAAUACAUUUACCUGAUGAUAUGAAUAAUGAAUUUUUUAUAGAGAAAUUAAGUAAUUUUGAACAAGCUCAUUCUUUUGCUGCAAAAUAUUUACCAAAUAAUAAUGAUUUAGAACAAAAUAAUCUUAAUAAGGGGUUAUAUGAAAUAAACAUUGUUCAUGAUCCCCAACAAAAACGUAAAUCGGUUUAUGAUGAGAUGAUGGAGCCAAUCGAAGUUUCUUUUGCAUAUGGAAGAGCGUGGGACACUUAUAGUCUUGGCAAAAUUAUUGAAAGUAUUUAUCAUACGACAACGGAUGAUAUAAAUUUAUCAUUACCAUGUAAUAAAACAAAUUGUGAAGAAAAUCAAAAAAAAAGUAAUUCUAAGUUGCCAUUACCAAUUCAAGGAGUUAUUUCUUCGUUAAUUAAUCCGGAUUGGAGAAAUCGUCCAUCAAUUGAUUCAAUAUUAUAUUGUUCUGUACCAGUUACAAGUUUUUGUGAUCAAUGUGUUACGUUUCCUUUACCCAUUUGCAUACCGGAAGUUUAUGAAUUUUUAACAGAUUUUCAUAAAGUGGAUUGGAUAGGAAGAUUGAAAUUGGCUGAACAUUGGAUGGACAGAUUGUGUAAUUUUACUGAUGAGGCAUUUUACAUGAUAUUACCAAGUCUAGUUUUGUUAUUUACAAAUGAUUCUAUAAAGUUCGAAGCAUUAAAUAUUUUUUCAAGCCUCGGACAGAGAUUAGGACAAGAUGAGACUAAGGCUCACCUUUUAAAACCUAUAGUUUCCUUGUUUGAGUCUUCGAGGCCUUCAAUUCCAAAAAUUCUGUUUGAUUCUGUUAUUAUUAAGGAAUUUAUACAUAAAUUUGGAAUUCCUAAUUUUCUUCAGCAAUUAUUUCCACUUUAUCUAGAAUCUCUAACAAUCGAGGAAAAUGUACUACCAUAUAAAUAUGGUACGAACAGUUUCUUAGAACCUCCGCACAAUUAUAAUAAUCAAAAUUUGUACCAUAAUUUAAAAAAUGCAAAUAAUUCAUCAGACAUAGAAAUGAUGGCAAAUCCAAUAUCAAUAUUAACAAGUAGUUUGGAUAAUGCAUUACCAAGUGUGGCACUUCUGGCAAAUGGGGCACUUGUGGACAUAUGUACAUUAAUAGGUCCUAUUUUGAGCAGCAAAUAUAUUAUGAAGCAGGUUUAUAAAAUGUUUUUAAAAGAAAGUCCCACAUUGAAUUUUUUGAUGCAAAGUGUUUUGGCUAUUGAAACAUUUACACAAUUACAAUUCACUCAAGUUAUUAGUAUAAUACAGCAAUAUAGUGAUUUUACAAUGAAUAAUAGGAAUUAUGCUAUAUUAUGUAAUCAUUUCUCAUUAUUAGAAAAGUUAACAACAUUAAUUACUAGUGAUUCAUCAACUAGUACAACUUCUAAUAAGAAAUUAAAUAAUACGAGCGGAAAGAGUAAUUUAUCAAUACAGAUAAUGAAAAAUAAAUUUUCCAUUAGUAUAAAAACGAUGGAAUUUAUAUUAAAUAUUUGUAAUCAUAUCGAAAAGGCUGAAUGGGAGAAACAUGCAAGUUGGAUGUCAAAAGGAAGAAUCGCACCUAUACUAGUUAAGUACUUUGAAUUAUUUGGAAAAUCUGUUCAAAAUAAUGGAAAAGAGGAUGAAGUCACUUUAACUAAGCUGGAGCAGGAAAGGGAUCAGCAGAUUAUGUAUGCAUAUUCCCAAUUUUGUACAUUAUUUGAAUCAGAAACUAUAAGACAAGCUAUUCCUAAUAGUGAAAUUAUUGAUACGGCUAUAUUGGAUUCCUCAGAAUCUUAUUCAUCCUCACGUCGUACCAUGUCUCCAUCAUAUUCAUUAAAUGAAACUUCAAGCGAUCGAAUAUCAAUAACAUCAGCAUCUUCUGAAAACACUUUAAAUAAAGAAAAAAAUCCAAUUCCUUCCAUUUUAUCAGCAACUCCAACAAAUUUGCGUUGGAAUAUAAAUUUUGAAGAUAAAAAACAUUUGACGUUGUUACCAAGUACGAAUGCUUCUAUAACGAAAGAAGUGGCAACAAUAACUACGUCAGCCGCUACGACUUCAUCAGGAUUUAGUGUUAAUCGAGCGUUUAGUUUGUUUGGUAAUGGAGAAGUUACUAGUAGGAAAUUACUGGAUAUUAAUCAUCAUGGUGGAAGUGGCGGUUCUCAUAUUAGAAGUAUUAGUAUGCCAACUUCGGUAUCUUCUAAAAGUAAUCAUAUUCCAAAUUCUAGUGGGCCCAAGAAGUCAAAAUUGAAAGUUAAUUUAUCUUGGAGAACCAAAAGUUCUUCUAAUGAAGACUUAAAAACAUUCCAAGGUCAUGUAUCGGCUGUUCGUUCCAUUGAUAUAAAUGAACAUAGUCGGUUAAUUGUAUCAGGUUCAAAAGAUCGUACAGUAAAGUUAUGGUCUUUAAAUAUUCAUCAAGGAAUAGAAAAUAGCUUAAUUGAACCUUAUUCAGAAUGUUUGAAGACAUAUACCGGACAUAGAAAGAGCACAAUCGGAGAAGUACAUUUUUUUGGAGGAGGUGGUAGUUGGGGGUUAGGCGAUAAUAUUGUUAGUUGCGACGGUCAAGUUCAUAUAUGGGAUCCUGAAACUGGAACGACUAUAAAUCAAUUUGGAAAUUUUAAAAAUCCAUAUUUAUCGAUUAAACCAAUAUUUAGAUCAACUUUAGUUGGAGGUUUAGCUGAUACAUCUAUUACGCAAACCUUAAUUGCUGUUGGAUUUACUAGUGGAGUUAUUUCAUUGUUGGAAUCACGAACAGGGACUUUGAUUUCUAGUUGGAAAGCUGGUGAUACUGAUAUUGUUCACAUGACAUUUUAUACAAACAAUUACUUGGUAUCUUGUGCUCCUGCAGAUCAUGUGAUUUAUAUUUGGGAUACUGAUACUGUUAGUCUAAUAAAAACCAUUAGAGUUAAUUCAGAUAUAGUAGCGUUGAAAAUGUAUAAAGAUGAAGUUAUUACAAUCAAUAAUAGUAAUACGAUUACAUUCUUCCCAUUAAAUGAUAAUAAGCUCCCUUAUUCGUCUAAAUUUAAGAGUUCUACGAUUAAAUCUUCGAUCUCUAGUUUAGGAAUAUUACCUAUAAAUCAAUUAUUGUUAUUAGGGUGUUUAGAAGGAGAUUUAUUUUUGUAUGCCUAA